UACAGCUUUAAAAUCAGAAUUUGCUGUUUAGAACUGUAAUAUUCUCGCUUACAGACAACUGUGAAACGCUUAUCUGUUUAAAGCUGCAGUUUCUGCGAGCCAUUUAACUUUUUACUACAUACGAAUAAAUCCUCUCUGGUAGUUUAUGACUUGUAGAUCUGCGUCGCUCGGCUGCGCCUAUGAGAGCCGGAGAGGGGCGUGGCCGUUAGAGAACAGGCGGUCUUGAGCUGCGGUGUGAUUGGCUGUGGCUCCUGUCAGUCAGGCCGCUGCCCGUGUGUAAACAAGCAUGUUCAGCUGUGACCUGAACUUUCUCUGGUGCGCCUUGGAGUUAUUUUUGUCACAUUAUGUAGCUGUUUUUUUUUAACUCGUUAAGAGAUGCGGCGUGGGGAUUCUCUCCCCCAAGCCUUUCAGGCUCCAGUAGACGUGCAUGCCAGUGAGGAUGGGCAGGUGUACAUGUUCAGAGGUAGACAGGAGGAUCUGGAGGCCUCCUCAGAAGAAGAGGAGCUCAAUGCCAUGGAGCUCCGCCCACGGUACCGGGAAACUUCCUCCCAGGAGCGAAACGGAGUGGGAGAACUGCUGCUGCUGGAGAGAAAAAUCUCACAUGAGGACAACCUCUACAAACUGGCCCUGCAGUACGGAUGCAAGGUGGCUGACAUUAAGCGAGUGAACAACCUCAUCAAAGAGCAGGAUCUGUAUGCGCUGACCUCCAUCAAAAUCCCUGUGAAGAAGCAUGGCCUGCUAACAGAGACUAACUCUGAGCUCAAGGAACCUCAGCAAAGACCUUCUUCAAGUCCAUCACUGCCACCUCCUGCUCAGCUGCAGGAACUUGCUGGGGCUGAUCCCUCUGCCAGGCCUCGAGUGGAGGAGUAUACUCACUUUCUCAAAGAGGUGGACAAUGACAUUGAGCGCCUGAUCCAAAGCACAGAGGCUCAGGAGGAGGUGUAUGGAGGCAGCUCUGAUGGAACCAGGCAGUGGGGCUCAAGGGGCAAGCGCUUGACUAACUCUGGUGCGGACUGGGGCAUCCAGUGGUGGAACGCUGUGAUAGCCAUGUUGCUCAUUGGUAUUGUCUUACCAAUCUUCUAUGUAGUGUACUUUAAAACUCAAGACAGCGGAGAGUCUGCGGUGAAUAAUGGAGUGGUAAACAGCACCCUGGCUACCUCAAAUAAUUCAGGAGCAAGCUUCAGUACCACUAACCCUAGCAGUUUGAUUAAGAGCCAUUUGGACAAACCAUAGAUGGAUACACUGCAUACCUGCAGUGAAAGACUAAAUGCAGACCUGUUUGAAUUCAGAGAGCUUUAAGAAAGCAGUUGGCCUAAGAUAUACAGUAAAUCUGCUUGAUUCAGUGUUAUUACUUUUACAUAUGAAUAUAAUGACCUACAGGUGUAUGCUAUGCAGUCAUGGGGCACCUCUGAUCAAAAUACAUGUUUAGUCAAUUUAAAAACACACUACAGAGAACCAGCUUCUGCACAUUUUAAUUCAUAAACACUCAGUACUUGAAUGUUUUACAUAUUAGGACAAACACAUUGUGGCAUGCACAAAGAUGAUGGCAUCAUUGCUGUCACUUUGUAUCUAAUUUUUAACUUUUUGACAUAAAUGUAGAAAUUGGCUGUAAUUUUAUUGUUUCAAAGAUUCCUAAAAAAUAGACUGGUGGAAAUGGUCUAAAUUAAUGUAUAUAGUUUAAUAACAUUUAGUAAAUCUUUUUACAUUGACCUUAAUGUAAAAAUAAGUUAAGUCUCUUCCCUCUACUAUAAAGUUGCAGUUUUGCAAAUAUGUUUUUUUUUCUGUGAUAAAUAUUUAAUUACUAAUGUGUUUUAUUUAAUAAAAAUAAAUACAUUACAAAUGGUGGUCUAAAACCCACUGGAAAAUGCCAAAUGUAAGUUUUUUUCCAGUCAGGAAAACUUUAACUGGACUAAACAUGUAUUUUGAACAUUUUGAAUUUUUUUUUUUAUACAACCGUUUCAUGUAUGUACAACUUUCUAAGUUUAAUGGACGAACUUUCGUGUCUUUUAAAGUCUGUUAAUUUUUUUGUUUGCCAAAGAAAAAGAAGAUAAAGGAGUGGCGUUUCUCAAUCCUGGUCCUAUUGCCCAAUUGGCCUGCACAUUUUAAAGCUCUUCCUGCUUUAAACACAACCUUGCUGCUGAAAAGACUUGUUAUUGAGCUGGGGUGGGUUUCACAAAACGUUCUUAGCACUAACUACAUUCUUAGAUCCAUGUUAAGAUGUUCUUAAUGAUAAAAUGCUUUUGGGAAACUGGGCCCUGAUUAGUUGUGCAGGAUUGGGUGGGCACCAGGACCAAUAUUGAGAGCAGUUUCACAGUGUCCGAGUAUCAUGUCUGUAAUGGUUGGGGAUUGCUGACAUGUUAGGUUUUUUUUUUCUUUCUAUUUCUUUUCAUUCGUUUGCACAUCUGGUUUGCUUUAACCCUCCUGUUAUGUUUAACUAUAAAAAACAGCAGCAAUUAAACAAAAAAGGUACUUACCAAUAAAAAUACUUAAUAGUUGAAGUAAUCAGUAUAACCAAGAUCUUUUUUGUAAUCAACAUUCUUAUAAUAUUGUAU